AUGGCCACCGCGCGCCGCCAUCGGUCGUCCACGGCCGCGUCGAGGAUCCCGCCCAUGAACAACCAGAUUGCCGAGCUGCGCAGUCUCGCCGACGAGCUCAUCCGCGCCUCCGAGACGUCCCCGCCGACGCCCGACGUGCUCCAAUCGCAGAGCAAUGCCCUCCGCCGCAUGCGCCAGCUGCUCAUAGAGUCCCACGAGCACACGCAGACCAAGGAUGCCUUUCGCCAUGUGCGCGGCUUCGACGUGCUGCUCCUCACCCUCCGCUCCAUCUCCGGCUUCUACAAGCCCGCCGACCUGUCCCCGCCCGACCGCAUCGACUUCUUUGAGGUCAUCAAGGGAACAUUGGAUGUGCUGUCGGAUGCAUUGAACGAACACUCGGGCAACAGGCGCUUCUUUGCACAGCGGGUCGAACAGGGUGGCUGGAGCGCACUCGAGCAGGCUUUGGGCAGCACCGGCAUCUUCGGUGGCCAGUCCGAGAGCAAGCGGGACGAUGCAGGCCAGGAGCAGUUGUUUGGCUGCCUUUUUGCAUUCGCACUGGGCGAGGAGGCCACGACGCGCAUAUUCAGGGAUAUUGACAAGAAGGUCGGAGAAGCCCAGCCGGAGCAGGAAGAAGCGGAGCCGCAAGAGAAUGGCGAGCAGACGACGGAGAUUGUCGUGUCCAGCCCGCGCUCCAUAUACAGCGACGUCGACGUGGACCUGGAUACACUGCGGAGCCUGAUAAAGAAUGUCUUCAGCGGCAAUGAAGUGCUGCAGAAUCCAGACAUUGUCCCAAUCGUUCUUCAUUUCUGGCUGGGUCUGUCCGGCGAAGAUGCUCCUGGGACGCGGUCGAAGCCGCUCUCUGUUUCGGUCCUUCUUGCCAUCCUGGAGAUAACGACACUGUCUUCGUACAACAAAGCAGCCCUGCAUGUCACGGGCGUGCUCACCAUUAUCCUUCCGCUGCUGUUCGAUAACAAAUGUGCGCCUGUGGAAGCUGGCCUGCUCAGAAAUCUGGCGGACAGCUUAGUAGAGUAUGGCAUCAACCGGUUAGACGAUGCAUACUACCUGUUCCGGAAAGCUUCAGUGUCGGAUCAAGCCGCCGAGUUUCUCCACCAGGGCAUGCGUACGUCGCGCGGGCCUCCGUUCAUCCAAUUCGAUCUCUCAUUACACGGUUUUAGCGCUAUAGAGCUCCCCGACAUCGGCCGCCCCUUCCCUCCUGUCUCGCCCGGCGGCGGAUACACGUUUACUGCUUGGAUACGGGUAGACAAAUACGACCCUGAUUGCCAUACCACCAUCUUCGGUGCGUACGAUGAUACCCAGACUUGCUUCAUGAUGGCGUAUUUGGAGAAGGACACUCGUUGUUUCAUACUGCAGACCUACAUGGGGCACUCGUCGGGCAUUGUACCAAGCGUCCGUUUCAAGAAAGCCCCACGGUUCCAAGAGGCCCGGUGGUACCACAUAGCAGUUGCGCAUCGCCGGGCAAAGGCUUUGGGUCUGGGUGCCCAUAAAGCAUCUCUCUACGUGGACGGCGAGUUCACAGAAACAAUGAAGGCGCAUUACCCUUCACAUCCUCCAGUGUUGGACAGCAGCCAAGAAAGUUUUGCGUCAACCUCCUCCAAUGGCCGCCAACAUCACAUCCUUGCCUUCUUGGGGACGCCACGAAAUCUGGCUCCUCGGAUGGGAAGGAAUGUCCUCACAUCGAAACUCUCCAUGGCCUCCUUUCAUCUCUUCUCUGAGCCAUUGUCUGACGAGCUCAUAGCAGUCUAUAACAAGCUCGGCCCGCGAUAUUGCGGUAACUUUCAGGACAGACUUGGCUCUUUUCAGACAUACCGAACCUCCGCGGAACUGCAUGUGCAAAACGAAAUUCUGCAUCCCGGGAAGGAAGAACGCUCGGAUAUUGUCUCCGCUAUCCGCACGAAUGCAGGCCAUCUAAUGCCUGAAUCCAAGAUCCUGUUGAGCUUCACACCGAGCUCCGUCAUGGAUGAUGACGACCGCAAUGCCAUCGACGAAUCGCAACUGAUUCGAUCAUUAUCGAGAGACUCAGCACGAGCACUCCAUAGGUAUACCAGGAUGCAUGGUACGCCCAUAAUCAUCAAUGCGGCUGUGCCCUCAGUAAACGAUGCUCUAUCUCAAGCUCGUGGUUUUGGCCGACUAUCUGGCGACGCAGUAGUAGUGGUUCCGCAAGCUCUUGAUGACGCCAUAUGGAGAAUUGGUGGCUGCGCCGCAGUAGGUCUCAAGCUGGUGCAGGCUGCGCAAACACUAGACGGUGUGUUACGCGCUGUAAAGACACUUCUCGAAGCCGUCGAAGGUAAUUGGCGCAAUUGUGAAGCAAUGGAGCAGAGCAACGGCUUUGCUAUUCUCGCAGAAGUGCUGCGUCAGAAGCUGGGAUCUGGUGUCUAUGGUUUGGGCAUGCGGAACCCUGGAGCCCUUGACACUACCCCCGACGAAUGUGAAGCUUUCGUACUGCAGCUGCUUUGCGUCAUUCUUCGCUUCGUUGGAUACGAUGAGCAGCACCCCACCGAGUCCCUCAUCAUCAAUCCUCUAGCGUACCGUGUUCUCUUGGUCGAUCUCGAAAUCUGGCGCAAGUCAAUUUCUUUGGAGACACAGAGGUUGUACUAUAAGCAGUUCGUCGACUUUGCCAAAGGCAGCAAGCACCAUCAUUACAAUGCGAAGCGGUUCCACAGAAUAAGAGUAGUCAAGCGGUUGACUGAUGCGCUCAAGGGCGAGUCAUUUACGCCUCAAACGUUCCCCCUCUUCUUGAACGCUUUCAAGGUGCUUCUACAGAUCAACUUCAACGGAGAGAAUGCUCGCUCUCUUUCGCUAUUCGUCACCUACGCACUCCAUGACAGCCGUGCCUCAUACGCAAGGCGGACACUGAGGCCAAAGGCUAGCACACUUCGCCUUCGCAAAGGAACGCCUCCUAUCCUGACCCCUGGUUCCACGCCGCGUUCUGCAAGCCCAAGCCAAGACCCCAGUCUGCCUCCUAGUCUUUCUCUUGCUGACCUAGGCGUCGCAAUUCUUGGGCUUCUCACUGAGCUCUUAUGCGAUCGCGCGAAUCCAAACGAGAUCAUUCGAUUUGCGAAGAAUGUAACGGGAAAGUGGCUUCUCUACCUCCUCGCGGAAUCGGAUCAGCGAGUAGCUGUCUUGGCCGCAACGAUCUUAGCUCGCCUCCUGGUUGCAAAUGGUCCACACUAUGUCAAGAAAUUCGCGGAGAAGAGUGGCGGCUUUGUUCUCAUGAAGAAUAGGCUUCGUCACUGGUGGAACACCCCAGGGAUCUGGACAAUAUGCUUUGCCAUACUGUUCGACCGCGAUGUGUCCACGAUUGACUUCGAGCGCGACUUUGAUGUGUUCAACCUGGUAGACAUAUUCAUUGCCCACUCUCCGCACGCGAAACUUCGCAUUGUUUAUCCAGAGGUCUUCUCCGUGAUAGCCGCAAUGCUGGACACAGGUCUGCGCACGAUCGUCCGUGAUCCCGGUAAUGUGGAGAAUGAACCACCGAAAAACACCAACGGAGAGGCUUCCAUGACGAGGGGAAGGCGUCGAACGAUGUCUUUAAACGCAAAGCAGCCACUCAUAGAUAUCCGCACACCCCAGUCGGAGCGCUUGAGUAAUUAUGCUGCCGUACUUAACUCGGCGAUCCAGUUUCUCUCCGAAUUGCACUCGCGGUCUGAGUUCUUCCGCGAUUACGCCUUCUCGUCGAACUACGUACAAGAGCUGCUCUUCGUCUUGUACCCAGUCAUCGUGACUUCGGAUUGUGUGAGCGCCGAAACGGAGCUUUUGUCGAGAGGGUCUGCUCUGACCUUCGAGGGCCAAGACGUGGUUAUUCAGCCUUUAUCGAAAGCCAAUAGCCAACAAGCUCCUAUCGUUCGGACGACGAAAGUGAACCUCUCGCCUUCUCCGUCUUCCCAGCGAGUGGUGCCUCUUCGGCGGGCUUCAUCUUUUGUGCUCGUGUCCGCGGAUAAGUCGAACAAAAAUCAGAAGGCCCCGCGGCUGAACCCUAUCCUUGAUUCAAACAGCGGUCCUGCUACAAUAAGAGUUGGCAGCACCGUUGUGGAGGCUAUGCUUGAGGUUGUCUUACUUGUUUUCCAGGAUCAACUAUUCAACAGGAAGGAUUUCCCUGGCUUCGGACUGUUCAUGAAAACGCCACCAGGCUUUCAAGAGCAUCAAGCAUACUUUGAAUCCUACAUCCUUCGGCAGGCUAUCUCCUCCGUUACGAAUGCGCUCCAACUGGAUCAAAAGCUCCUCCACGAGCCUCGAGUCCUCACGAAUCUAUCGCGGUUUGUAACUCACCUUUCCGAGGCUGUUUUCGAAGGCUGGUUCUUAGAUGGGGCGGAGCCGCUGCUUGAUUUCGCGGGGUUUUUGCUCGAAUAUCUUGAACGUCCGGAUAUCUCCAGGAUCAAGACGGUGCGUUUGUGUACCCAGGCGAUUGGCAUUAUCCGAACAAUCUUCCUCAGGCUCGUACUACUUCGUCUAGCGGAACCCGAUAGUUCCGAGGAUAGCUCCGACACUAUUCGCGUCAUCGGGAAGAUGGUUUACUGGCAGCCAAUCAUCCUAUCUACGGAGAAUACCGAAGGCCUUUUCUUACGGCUAAUCUGCUACCUAUUGUAUACGAAGCUCUCAUCUGCCCACGAAGAGGUCCGAUUAGCUGCGGCAAACUUCUGGCGGCUUCUUCUCGUGCAGAAGCCGGAAGACACGUCCGCGAUCCUGAGUCAUGCCAUCCAUACGGAGAAGAAAGAUCUAUACGAUGGCUUCCAGAAACUAAUGGAGUUGGAUAACGAGACUUUCCUCCUCUGGUUCGACAAGAACAAGACGGACUUGGACAGCUUCUUCUAUGGCACCAUGACUAAAACGUGGGAGGAUUUCGCGCAAGAGCAAAACAAGCGAACCGAAGAUACUUCACAAAAACGAAUCGCGAAACGACGAGAGAAGCUCAAGCAGUGGCAGGCAGAGGAGCUCAUGAACGAGAAUACUUGGAGCCAGCAUGAGAACUCGACCAGCCACUGGCGAUCCAACAUCCAUGCUUCAGAGCGCAUCAAGCAUCAACGGGUACUACAGGAUCAGCAAGAGAACGCUACGUUUCUAGCAACCGUUAUGGCUAAGCUUGAGCGGCAGUUGAGAGGCCCAUGCGCAUUGUUUGAGGAUAGCCCGAUGCCAAAGUGGCGCCUUGACGAGACGGAGGGUCGAGACCGCCAGAGAAUGCGCACAAUCAUCGACAACACCAGUCGAGACCAAGCCUACCAGCCAAAACGCAAGGAUACGGACCCACUUGGCCGCGACAGAUUACGGCUCGAUACCGCCGUUCCCACUAUUUCCACUAAGGAAGCUGUUGGUGCAACUCCUACAGCCAGUGCCAGUAUGAGGCCGUCAUCUGCCCUGGACUCAAAAGAAGAGCCAAAAGAGGAGUCGAACUCCGAUAGCGAGGAGGACUUCGAGAUGGUAGAAGCCAUGUACGAAGACGAGGACGGUUUCGAAGACAAGAACCGAAAAGUGAUGAGGAGCCUAAACCGCGGCGAUCAAGUGCAGUACGUGUGCAACAUCUCCCGCGUCGUUGGCCUGGAGGCUAUUGAAGGGCUGCUUAUCGUGGGCAAAGACUGCCUAUAUCUCCUGGAUGAUUUCUUUCAGAGAUCAGACGGUGAAAUUGUACGAGUCUGGCAAGCACCUGCAGACGAGAGGGAUCCCUACGUACAAGUCAUUGCAGGCAAAGAAGCCGUCACCAAGCGACCUCCGCCCAGGAGCCAUGACGAAGCAACCAGGAAUUGGAAGUGGAGCGAAGUUAUCAGCAUCUCCAAGCGCCGCUUCCUCCAUCGCGAUGUUGCCAUCGAAGUCUUCUUCGACGACGGUCGCAGCUACCUCUUGACAGCUAUAUCUAACAACGCGCGGAACGAUAUCCAUUCACGCCUCAUCACCCGAGCGCCGCAUGUCGUCAAGCCAGAGCUACUUGGCAACUCUGAAAUAUCCUGGCGACUGGAUUCGCUUCGCAAUCCUGAAGAAGCGCCGCAGACGUUAGGCUCUAGGUUCGCAUCUGCUUUCAGCUCUGUGUCCUCUCAUCCUGUCACCAGGAAAUGGAUAAAGGGAGAAAUCUCAAACUUCCAUUAUCUCAUGUUUGUUAAUACCCUCGCCGGACGGACGUUCAAUGACCUUACUCAAUAUCCCGUAUUCCCGUGGGUCAUUUCAAACUACAAAGACACGGAGCUGGAUCUUACAAACCCUCGUAAUUUCCGAGACUUGACGAAACCAAUUGGGUGUCAGAGACCGGACCAAGAGCUUUCGAUCCGCGAGAGGUUCAAUUCGUUCGCAGAGAUGGGCGAUACUGAACACGCGUUCCAUUACGGAACGCAUUAUUCCUCAGCUAUGACUGUAGCGUCCUACCUGAUGCGGCUACAACCUUUUAGUGCGGCGUUUUCACUCAUCCAAGGAGGCACAUGGGAUCAUGCAGACCGCAUGUUCUACUCGAUACGGGGCGCUUGGGAAUCAGCAUCAGAGAAGAAUAUGGCCGAUGUGCGAGAGUUGACGCCCGAGUUCUUCUUCCUAGCAGAUUUUCUUACCAACGUCAACGGCUACGAGUUCGGCCUCCGUGCCAGCGGCGAGCGGAUCGAUGACGUUGCACUCCCGCCGUGGGCUAAAGGUGACCCUGCAAUAUUCAUCGCGAAACAACGAGAGGCAUUGGAGAGUCCAUAUGUCAGUCAGAACCUGCACCACUGGAUAGAUCUCAUCUUUGGGUAUAAACAGCGCGGAGAAGCUGCCAUUGAGGCUGCAAACGUCUACCACUGGACGACAUACCAGGGCGCCAUUGAUCUCGACUCCAUCACCGACGAGAAAGAGCGCGCUCAGAAGAUCAGCAUCAUCAACAACUUCGGACAGACACCCGUCCAGAUCUUCCAGCGUCCGCACCCACAAAAGGAAGAACACGCCCCCAAACUCCGAAAGCUAGACACAGGAGCCGAGGGUCUGCACCGUCUACCAAUGACGCUCCUCGAGGCUAACGACCGUGUCUCCUCGCUCGCCUACAUCACCAAGAGCGACAAACUCCUCUGCUCCGCUCCCUUCCGCCACAACAUCCCGCCCCAUUACGACCGCUACAUGGAAUGGGGCUUCACCGACGGCAGCGUCCGCUUCUAUGACUCCAACUCCAAGAAACUGGUCGGCCUGUUCGAGCACCUGCACUCGGGCCAACUGACCACCUCACUCUUCGUCGACGGCCGCACGCUUAUUACUGCUGGCACGGACUGCACGGUCGCAAUUUGGAACGUCAUCAAGGGCGAGAAGGGAACCGUCGAAUUACAAAACGUCACGACGCUCUUCGGCCACAAGAGUCCGGUCGUCACGCUGGCAUCAUCCCGCGCUUUUUCCGCGUUCCUGUCCGCAUCUUCCGAUGGUCGCGUCUUCCUCUGGGAUCUAAACCGCUCGGAGUUCGUACGAGAGCUCGAUCUCGGACCGGCCCAGAAGCGCAAUCCGGUGCCUGUCCAAGCGGCCAGGAUCAACAAUGUCACAGGGCAUAUUGCGCUAGCUUGCGGACCGCGGCUUAUCGUCACGACGUUGAAUGGCAAGGUGUUACUGGAUCAAGAUGUGUCUGAUAAGGGAGAGGAUGAUGGCGAGGGGAUUACGGCGGUAGCGGUCUACGAGGGCGUCGGAAAUGAGUGGUGUGAGCGCGAGUUGAUCUUUACCGGACAUCGGAGGGGCGUGGUGAAGAUCUUCCACCUAACUCCCUCACCUCCUUCCGCCCCACCGCCCGCAAAAUGGACCAUCAACCUGAUCAAACUCCUCAACCACACCGACGCCUCGCGCGAAGACGGCUCCAACUUCGCGGCGCCAAUUACCUGCAUCUUGCCCAUGCCGCAUAACGUCUACACUGGAGAUGAAGAAGGCAGAGUGGUACGUUCCUUUUUCCUUGAUCUCGACGAGUGGUAUAGCAGGAAGCAAGGCUUCGAGGGGCAGGUAGAGUGGAAGGGUGGCGCGCAUACCACUGCUGUCUGGGGAGGUACUGGGGCCUUGAUGGGGAGGCUGAGGAGACGGUCGAGCUUCUAG